AUGUCUGGAUGGGAUGAAGGAGCCAUUUACUACAGUGACCAAGCCCAGUUCCCUCACGGUAGCGGCGGCAGCGAAUCGGAGCACGACCAGGGGGCGGCCGCCAGCCGUCACGUGAUUCUCCGGAAGUUUAAGGAGUUCAUCAGAAAUUUUCCGCAUAAGAGUCAGCCUAAUGUUUUCCCUUAUAGAGAAGCGCUCCUUGAGAAUCCCAAAUACUUGCUCGUUAAUAUGUCCGAUCUCCUUGCCUAUGAACGUGACCAGACCUUGCCGGAGCUCCUCCGCCAGAAUCCUGCAGAUUACCUCCCUUUGUUUGAAACUGCUGCUGCCGAAGUUCUGGCUAGUUUGAAAUCAAGAGUGUCUGGAGAAACUGGGGAGAUGGAGGAGCCUGAGAUAGGCGAGGUGCAAAUUCUGCUGAGGUCUGAGCAAGAUUCGCUUUCAAUGCGGUCACUUGGGGCCCAAUAUAUUUCAAAACUGGUCAAGAUCUCUGGUAUUGUGAUUGCUGCAUCAAGGACAAAGGCUAAGGCUACCUAUGUCACAUUAAUUUGUAAAAAUUGUAGGAACAUAAAGAUUGUUCCAUGCCGUCCAGGGCUUGGUGGAGCAAUUGUGCCACGCUCUUGUGAUCACGUAGCUCAGAUUGGGGAAGAAGCAUGCCCGCUUGAUCCAUGGCUAGUCAUCCCAGAUAAGAGCAAAUAUGUUGAUCAACAGACACUAAAGUUGCAGGAAAACCCCGAGGAUGUCCCAACUGGAGAGCUACCAAGAAACAUGCUCCUAUCUAUUGACCGCCAUCUGGUGCAGACCAUUGUACCUGGCACAAGACUGACAGUAAUGGGGAUUUACAGUAUAUUUCAAGCUGCCAAUUCUUCUUCCUCACACAAAGGAGCUGUUGCAGUUAGACAACCUUAUAUAAGGGUUGUGGGUAUAGAGGAAACUAAUGAUACUGACUCCCGUAGCCCUGCCAACUUUACUGCAGACGAAAUAGAGGAGUUUAAAAAAUUUGCAUCAGAUACAAAUGCUUAUGAAAAUAUUUGUUCGAAGAUUGCCCCCUCCAUAUUUGGCCAUGACAAUGUCAAAAGGGCUGUGGCUUGUCUUUUAUUUGGAGGAUCAAGAAAGUCUUUGCCUGAUGGUGUUAAACUUAGAGGUGAUAUUAAUGUCUUACUCUUGGGAGAUCCAUCUACUGCCAAAUCACAGUUCCUGAAGUUUGUUGAGAAGACUGCCCCGGUAGCAGUUUAUACCUCUGGCAAAGGAUCAUCAGCUGCUGGUUUAACUGCCUCCGUGAUAAGAGAUAAUAGCUCGCGUGAAUUCUAUCUGGAAGGAGGAGCCAUGGUUCUAGCAGAUGGUGGUGUGGUCUGCAUUGAUGAGUUUGACAAAAUGAGGGCAGAAGAUAGGGUGGCAAUUCAUGAAGCCAUGGAGCAGCAAACCAUUUCAAUUGCAAAAGCUGGAAUAACUACCGUCCUCAAUUCAAGAACUUCUGUACUCGCAGCUGCUAAUCCACCUUCUGGCCGCUAUGAUGACCUUAAGACAGCACAAGAUAAUAUUGAUUUGCAGACAACAAUUCUCUCGAGAUUUGAUCUGAUUUUUAUUGUUAAAGACAUCAGGAUGUACAGUCAGGACAAGAAUAUUGCGAGCCAUAUCAUCAAGGUUCAUGCAUCUGCUGAUGCAAGAACGAGUGAGUCCAGAUCUUCUAAAGAAGACAACUGGCUUAAGAGGUACAUACACUAUUGUCGGUCUACUUGCCACCCACGUCUAUCGGAGUCUGCAGCCUCUGUAUUGCAGGAGAACUAUGUGAAAAUUAGACAGGAUAUGAGGAGGCAAGCCAAUGAAACUGGAGAAGCAGUAGCAAUACCUAUCACUGUGAGGCAGCUGGAAGCUGUAGUGAGGUUGAGUGAAGCUCUUGCAAGAAUGAGACUGUCUCAAGUUGCAAAUGAGAACCAUGUCUCUGAAGCUCUUAGGCUUUUCAACAAUUCCACGAUGGAUGCUGCAAAAUCUGGAAUAAACCAACACAUAAAUCUCUCCCCUGAAAUGGCAAAUGAGAUUAAGCAAGCCGAAACUCAAAUUAAGAGAAGAAUGGGAAUUGGAAGCCAUAUAUCUGAGAGAAGACUGAUUGAUGAACUCACAAGAAUGGGAAUGAAUGAAUCCAUUGUAAGAAGGGCUCUGUUGAUCAUGCAUCAGAGAGAUGAAGUUGAGUACAAAAGAGAAAGGCGGCUCAUUGUGCGUAAAGCUUAG